UCAGAGGUGCAUCACCCAUCAGGAGGCACUUUUUCGUUCUCUCUCGUUGCCGCAGAAAAGCCCCUCUCUGCAGUCCAUAUGGAUUAUAAGUCUCCUAAUGCUUUCUUCAUUAAUGAGGUGCUUGCUCGACGUCUAGAGUAUCGAAAACGUCGACAAGAAACCAACCUAUUUCCUCCACGUGGGAGACCGAUCCUCGAACAGAUGUCAGAAUCAGACUCGGGCCCUGUCCCCUCCGAAACCUUCUGGAUUGAGGAUGGAACGCCAUUUGGCCAGUGUGUUCGUAUCUACGAUGUUCCCGGUACGCUUUCUGGGGAAAUACUCCGCCUUCGUCAACCUAUGCCACAAUACGAUGGUCAUUUUCAGGUUCAUGGCGACGAUAUCACACCCCUGGAUUCCUCAAUUCCACUUCCCGAAGACGAGUACAUCGACGACUCCGAAGACACUAGUGAGCCCUUGUCGACUCGGAUCAUCCAGCUCCUGGGCAAGUCUACCUCUGGAGAGCUCGUUUUCGAAAAAUACCUCACAAGAUACAAAGUAGGCCGAUUCUGUUCGAUCGCCAUCUACAAGCGCUGGGUUCUAGACAUCAUUGAAGCUCUGAAGUGUCUGCAUUCUAUAGGAAUCAUCCACAAGGAUCUUCGCGUCGAUAACCUUCUCUGGUCUGUCGAUGGCCAGCGUGCCAUUGUCUGCGAUCUAGAGAGUCGCUGGGGCCAACGACAAGCGCCGGAAGUUUCUCAGAAUAGGGGAUUAGAUGCUGGAUGGACGGCAAAAUCGGAUAUCUACGAUCUUGGUGACUGUAUUAAGGGUAUGGUCUAUAAUAACGCACCUAUUACGCGGCAAGUUGAAUGGCCAGUUCCGCCGCCGUUUGAGAGCAUUGUAGAAGCUUGUAUGCGAACGAACCCCAAGGAUCGUCCGACUCUCGAUGAGUUGCAAGUACUGGUCGAAGCAAUUGACGAUGGAGACGAAGUUCAAUCUUAG